UGCCUCCAAAAGCCACAAACACAAUUUAAAAAGAAAACAAAUAAAUAACAACAAAUUUUUUUAAAAAUAAAAAUGCUCUUACGUGGCAUAAUCUCUGCCCCUCUCCCACCCUCUCUCCGUCUUCGAGUGGCAACGCCUCCAACCCACCCCCGAAACGUCACCGUUUCCUCGUCCUCGAGCAACAGCGAGUACCGACUCUCGGUCACCGACGAGGUACUGGAAUCGCGAGGCUUCGCGGUGCGGCGGGGCGCGACGGGGCUGGACCUGGAUCAUCUUAACGGCGUGUUCGUGGCGGUGGGGUUUCCGAGGCGGGACCCAGAGAAGAUUCGGGUUGCGUUGGAGCACACGGAGGCUGUGCUUUGGGUGGAGCAGCGGAAGACGCAGCGGCCGGUGGCGUUCGCGAGAGCCACCGGUGACGGCGUUUUCAACGCCAUCAUAUGGGACGUUGUGGUUGACCCUUCGUUCCAAGGGAUUGGGCUGGGUAGAGCCCUGAUGGAGAGGUUGAUUCAGGAACUCCUCCGCAAGGGAAUUUCCAAUAUUGCCCUCUAUUCGGAGCCCCGAGUUCUGGGCUUCUAUCGCCCCUUGGGCUUCGUUGCUGACCCCGAUGGGAUUCGUGGCAUGGUUUACUCCAGAAAACAAAAGAAAAUUUAGAUUCAUCGUAAUAUAAUUCUUCAUGUUUAUAUGUUGUUCACUUUCUUUUUAGGGUUCUGAUUUCUUCAUUACAUCAAAUUUAACUGCUUUCAUAUUCUGAUUUUUGUCAUCAAAUUCCAGGUUGAGCGUGAUAUAUUCAAAAAUUUAUAAAUACAAUUUAAUGUUAAAAUUAUAAUUAAUAAUGUUCAAAUAAAGAUAAAUUAAUAAUUAUUUAAACGUGAAUUUAAAUAUGUUAUAAAUUGAUAGAAAGUUUUAACAUGUUUUCAAAGUUACAGGCUUUGCUUGAUGACGCAGAAUGACUAUGGUUUGGGUUUCGGAAGCUGUAGAAAAUAAAAAUGAUUGAAUACAAGAAACUUUAUUGUUUAACACUUUAAUUCAAUUUUAGUUUAAGUAGUUUAAUUAUUAUCUCACUGUCAUUGUCUUUAUUUUAUCAUCGAACCAUUGAAAAAAUAAAAAUAGUUUUUUAAUAACGCAAUAA